CGAAUUUUUGUUUGCGUUGGUUGUUUAGUAUCGAUCGAGUUGGUUCAAGUUUGUUGGCGGACACUGAUAACGAUAACCGUGCUUCAUUUGUUUUCAAAUAAAAAUUAAACGAAACGCCAAAUCAAAUCAGUGUUCUAACUUUGACACAAAGUAUCAGUCGCUUAUUUUAAGUGGCAUUUAUUUCGCGUGCAAGAAAAAUAUUUUCGCCGUAUCUUGGCUCUUACUUUUUAAAUACUUUAGUGUUAACUUCAAUUAAUAUCCUAAAAUGUGGUGGCUAGUUAACAUUUUCCUUACUGUUCUAUUCAUAAUUGAAGCUAAUUGCUAUCGGAAAAAGAUUGAAGUCGAUAAAUUUGACUUGUUGAUGCCGAAUGUUUACCCCAGUCGGGAUGAACUCUACUUAUGCACUCCAAUCAGGAUCAACCCUAACAAGAACUAUUACAUAGUUGGCUUUGAGCCUAACGCUACCAUGCACACUGCGCACCACAUGCUACUCUACGGAUGCACCGAGCCGGGCAGAAAUGAUGCUGUUUGGGAUUGUGGCGAGAUGGCGGCCGGGCCGAAAGAUCCCUCCUACAAGUCGGGCAAGCCGUGCCAGUCUGGAUCUCAAAUAGUAUACGCGUGGGCGCGGGAUGCCCCCAGUCUCACCCUGCCCGAAGACGUCGGUUUCCUGGUGGGGCAGGACUCCGAGAUCAAGUACCUCGUGCUGCAGGUGCACUACAUGUCCAAGUUUCCAGCUGGCAAAUUAGACAACUCUGGAGUGUUUUUGAAAUACACUAAAACACAAAUGCCUCGUCAAGCGGGCGUGUUUCUUCUCGGCACGGGCGGCGCGGUGCCGGCGCACUCCACCGAGCACAUGGAGGUGGCCUGCACCGUGUUCGAGGAUAAAGUCAUACACCCGUUCGCCUUCCGCACGCACACGCACAGACUGGGCAAGGUGGUAUCAGGCUACGUGGUGACAGGCACCGGCAGCGACUCAAAAUGGCGGCUUCUUGGCAAGAAGAACCCUCAGCUGCCACAGAUGUUCUACUCCAUUGAAGACCAAACCCCCAUCGUGGCUGGCGACGUCCUAGCUGCUCGCUGCACCAUGCAAAAUGAUAAUGACCACCAAGUUAGCAUUGGCGCGACAAACGAAGACGAGAUGUGCAACUUCUACCUGAUGUACUGGACGGAAACGGCUCCCCUGAGCCAGAAGUAUUGCUUCUCGCCCGGCCCCCCCUACUACUACUGGUCCAGGGCGUCACAGGGGCUCGGUAACAUACCCAACAUAGAGGCCAGCCGGGUGUGAGUGAAGCUUGACCUGUAAACAUGGACACUGGGGGGACACUCUAUAAGGCCUAGUUUUUUGAUCCGUAGUUAACUCAAC